CCUCAACAUGGCAAAUUGGUGCCCAUGAACACAAAUCCAGUACUUACUGAGCGCUCUGGAGGCAUCCAAUUCUAUAAAUUCCAUGGUAGAGGGCAUAAAGCAAAUCAAUGUCCCAAUCUGAAGACGUUAAUCUUCAAGGACGGCCGAUAUCUCACCAACGACGAACAAAAUUCACAUGACAAUGAUGUAGACGAGAAGCUUGAAGCAGAACCUUCCCCAGGAAAGCUCAUGACCGUUAGUCGACGAGUUCUAACCAUGGAUGUUCAGUCCGAUACCAGUCAAAGAGAGAAUUUGUUUCAUUCUCGUUGUUUGUUCGCCGGAAAGGUUUUGUCUGUGAUCGUGGACCGAGGCAGCUGUGCAAACGUCGUUAGUCAAGAGGCAGUAGACAAGCUAGGGCUGCACACGACGAGACACCCCGACCCAUACAGCUUGCACUGGCUUAACUACUAUGGUGUCGUUCGUGUAAGAAAGCAAGCUAGGAUCAGCUUUGAGAUCAGAGCGUACAAGGACGAGCUUGAAUUUGAUGUCGCGCCAAUGCAAGCUACUCACUUACUUCUCGGAAGGCCAUGGUAGUUCGAUCGCGGUGUUUGCCACUAUGGAGUCACGAAUUGCUACAAAGUUCGUCACAAUGGGAAGACUAUUCUUUUAAAGCCACUGUCACUAGAAGAGGUUCGAGCAGAUCGGCGACAACUUGAGGCUAGCCGUCGACGAACCAAGGGGAAGUAAGGUGAGGGAUCCAGUUCGUCCCCUCUCUUCACUAAGCGUUUUAUGCUUACUGGGUAUAAACGACCAAGAGCACAGCGACGACGUCGCCCCGUCAAGCCUUCACCGGAACAGAGCAGGAGAGGGAGAAUUGGGGGGAGCUCCUCAGGAAGAUUCAACACCAGGGGAAGACGUCAGCACGUUCCAUGGAGUUCAGGGAAGCUCUACCAUCAAAUGGAUUGGACCGAAUCAACCCAAACCCCCGAAUCCAAUUAGAGUAGAAUCUGCUCUGAAAUUUACCAACUUCGAGCAAAAAUCAAGUCUAUGAGUUGAAUCGAUUGGUGAUGAUUCGACUCGAUUGGUGACUGCAGAAUCAUUCAAGGAAACCCCAGGAAACUCUCAGCUUAUUCAAUUCGACCUUAAGAGCUCUACAUAAAAAACACCCAAAUUACGAAUGAAGUUCCUGGGUUUGGAGAAUUUGAACUGCGACCAUGGCGGGAAAGAAAAUGACAACGGUUCGGUGAUAUAGACGAUGAAUCAAUGCACGAUGACCACCAGAGAUUCAAUUCGAUCCAAGACGAAGCCAUUGGUGACCUUGGAUUGCCCAGUGGAUGUCUGAAUAAAAAAUCCCCAAUUUCCUCUUCAACGAACACUGCCUGGGUUCGUCAGAACAUUAAACAUAAGCAGCCUUACUACGACCCGAUUUGGGAAGAAUUUCUUGAGGAUUCGAGAUAAAGAGGGCCAAAACUUUGAGGGCAAAGCUUUUUUAUGAGGGGGAGUCUGAUAUGAUCCCAUUUGGCUCAGUCUACAAGCCAGAAUGGAUUGAAUCAAAAUCCGUCUCAAGCUAUGAAAUGAAUUCCAAAUUUUGUCUAAGUGUUUUAUCCGUUUGAGGUACCUUACUUGGCACUCAAGUUUCUUCCAUUUGGAUCAAUGGAAAUGGGCAAAGGAAGUCUUGUUUUGAAGCUGGUGAGUUUCUCUACAAGAUAGAGUAUUCUGGAGCUCAAGAACAAGGCAGGAGGGUCAUGGUUAAAGCUUCUCAAAACGCUAUGUCGAAACUGGAAUUCUGCCAAAAAUUGGUUAAGUGUCAGAACCAGUUUGAGAACCCUACUUUGGAGGAGUAUUCGAAGCACAUGGGGAAGAGUCGAGGCUGGAUCUUUGGGCAACAUGAAAGUAGGUUUCUUCUACUACAACGACAUGGCGUUGGAUGACUGAAAUGAAGAAUGGAAGGCCUCAAACGAAAGCUCCAAAGAUCGUAUCGAAAGUGAGUUUUUGCCUUUGGAAACAAGGCAAUCUGAAUCCUUAUCAGAUUAGGAUUCCUUUGCUGUUUUGUGUUUAAUUCCUUUUCAUUGUUGGUUUUGGUUUCCUUUUCCAAUUGUAAUUUGUUUAGGACUUCUCUAAGAGUAGUAGGAUUGGCUAGGUCUAUUUAAGUAGCUUUGAUUCAUUGUAAUUUUCAGAUUUCAUAGAAUUGAAUACAAACUUGAGUUUGGUUCACAAAGCUUGUUGCUUUUGUGAGUUUGAGAGUUGUUUAGAAGGAGUUCUAAGCAACUUGAGUGCUUGUAUCAUUCAGCUAAUCACGUUGUUCAUGGCCGAGAAUGUGUGUGACCACUCCAAAGCUCAGUAUUGGUUUUAAUGGAGGUUCAGUUGGUUAUUUCUCUGCAAAGAAGGGAUUGAGGCAGGGUGAUCCCCUCUCCCCUUAUCUGUUUGCAGUGGCUAUUGAAAUAUUUUCAUAUCCAAUGAAUGAAGUUGUCCAUAGGGCUGCAAAUGAGUCGAGCUGUUCGCGAGCGACUCGACGUUCGAAACUCGGCUCGUUAAUAAACAAGCCGAACAUGAGCUGAGCUUUGUUCAUCUCGUGAAGCUCGCGAGCUAGCUCGACUCGAUGCCUUGUUGAGCUAAACUCAUGAGCUAGCUCGUUUAAAGCUCAUGAUAUGUCACAACAUGUGUCUAGAGAGCCAACUCGAUUACCGACUUAUGGAUGAAUCAAUCUAUAUCUUAUGAUUUUAAUUCAUAUGGUUGUUAAAUUAUAUAUCUCACCAUAUAUAAAGUUUAACACGUUGAGUAUGUGAGCAAAUAUAUCUUAUUUUCUACUUUAAAAAGAAAUUAUGUAUCUUAGAUUGCUUCGAUACAAUGAAAUAACAUGAUUUUGAGUAGUUAAAAUUUAUUAACUAAAUGAUAUAUGAUACCAACAAAGUAUAAUAUGAAAUUAUCUAACAUAAUAAAUCAUAUGUACCAUGAUAUACAAAAUGAAAUACCAAAAAAAAGCAAGAUUUUAGUAAACAAGCUAGCUCGAGCUCGACUCGGCUCGUUAAUAAACGAGCUGAGCUCGAACUCGACUCGUUUAUUAACGAGCCGAGCUCAAACUGGGUAAAACUCGACUCGACUCAUUUGCAGCCCUAGCGUCCAACAGAAUGCAAUGUCUUUUCACUCUAUGUGUAAGAGACUAAAAUUGACUCACCUUAUGUUUGUUGAUGACCUCUUACUUUUUCUGAUGGAUCAAACUCUGGGAUUACUUGCAUUCAACAAGUUCUAUCUGAGUUUAAGAAAAUGUCCGGACUUCAAUCCAACCCUGCUAAGUGUGAGUUAUAUUGUGGGGACCCUCCUUGUUCGCUACUUAGGUCUUCCCUUGUUGGCGGGUAGGGAUGGGGUACAAAAUUGGGGACUCUCUUGUUGGCGGGUAGGGUAUAAAAUUGGGGACUCUCAUCGACCCGACCUACACUGAACCGCCCCAUUCUCGACCCGUUCUUGCCUAAAUUACUUGUAAUUUUAGUCAAAUUACUUAGGAGUUUUCUUUUAUUACAUCAAAUUUUAACUAUAAUAUAGUUGUAAAUUAGUGAAAACCUCAAUUUCUCCAAUAAUUUAACUAUAUUUAUCAUAAUAUUGUUUGUUUUCUUGGUCUUAUAAUAAAAAUAACGAAUAUUUCUAAUGUUUUUCAUACAAAUUGCAUACCGAUUGGGUCGACCUGCCCCGACCCGUGACCCGUGAUAAAUUACCCGACCUGGACCCGACCUGCCACAGGGUGUGUUUGGGUACUAUGAAACCCGCCCCGGACCUGCCCCAUUGCCAUUCCUAUUGGCGGGGAAGCUCACUAUUAAAGCUUGUAAACCCCUGAUUGACAGAGUUACAGGAAGAAUAACUAGCUGGAAGUCAAAAUCUCUCUCUUAUGUUGGUAAACUUCAGUUGGUUGUGUCUGUACUGUAUAGUCUAACACAGUUUUGGAUGUCAAUUUUUAUUCUCCCAAAAGCUGUCAUCAGGGCUAUUGAGAAACUAUGCAGUGAUUUUUUGUGGCGGGUGGGAGAUGGAGCUCGGAAAAAGGCAGUGGUAGCUUGGCCUAGGAUUACUUAUCCAAAGAGGGAAGGUGGUCUAGGACUUAGGGACAUGGUUUCAUGGAACUUUGCUUGUGUUACAAGACACAUUUUGGCUAUUCUUUUGAAACAGGGCUCUCUAUGAGUUGCCUAGCUCUGGGAAUACCGUAUUAAAAGCAAGAAAUUCUGGACUCUAACUAUCAAGGCAAGUUCCUGGUUAAAAUGACAAAAGCUGCUGAAGAGUAGGGAUAAGUUGAGAAUAUGGCUUUUUGACGAAGCUGAUGGGGUUCACUGGAAGGGAGAGUUAAUGGCUAAAUACAGCAUUAAAAAGUAUGGGAGGAAAUCAAACCUAAAAGAAGCCAUGUUUCUUGGCAUUCUCUGGUUUGGAAAGGGCCUAGCAUCCCUAAAAAUCAGUUCCCGGUGUGGCUAAUCGUUAAUGAUUAUAUCAUAACAGGGGACAAAGCUCAAGGUUGGGGUGGUGCUGGAAGCUAUGGUUGUGUGUUUUGUUCUAGUUCCCUGGAAACACGUUCUCACUUGUAUGCUGAAUGCCAAAUAUACAAAAAAAAAUGUAUGCAGCUCUGUUUGUUAAAUUUGCAGAUCCAACACCUAGAAAUCAGUGGUUGGACGAACUUUAAUGGCCAACUCUUUAGUUCCAAAAAAAGACUAUUGUUUCCCAGGCUGGGAAAGUUAUAUGGCAGGCUUUGAUUGCUAAGACUUGGAGGGAGAUGUGCCAUGUUAAAUUUGGUGGAAGGAGAACAUAUAUGAAUGAGUUGAUCCGGUUGGUUAAGAGUGAUUUGCGGCUGAUACUUGAUUCUAUUGUAUUAGAUCAAUACUUCUAGGAAAUGAAUGUCUUUGCUGAUUUGUUUUGAUAGAUAGCCAGUUUUGUAGUUGUUUAUACCAGUCUAUCAGUUACUAAGCUCAACUGCCAGAGCUUGUUGCCAGUAAGUACCUUACUGCAUUUUGAUGAAAUGAAAGUCCCAACCAAUU